AUGGCAGAACCAGUGCUAUUAUUGUCAGAAAACCAUCUAAAUCAAGCCCUGAACCAAAUCAGGCAAGUGCCGCAAUUUGGAGGCAACACGCUCGAACUCAGCCCGUUCAUCAGGAGGAUAGACUUAAUCCUGGAGUUGUACCCCACAACAUGUAUACGCCAGUCGAGCGUAUUCUUCAGUGCGAUUGAAAUGCAGCUUCACGGAGAUGCCCAGAGGAUAUCUCAACUAUCAACAGCCAGAUGCUGGAGGGACUUAAGGAACGCCCUCAUCAACGAAUAUAAAACCCAGACGCCCUGCGAAGAACUACUACGACGUCUGUAUAACACCCCCUUUCCUGGGUGUAUACGUUAUUGGCCUCUUGGCUUUACCUGGUGCAACAUUUAUGUGACCUGCGACGUGCUGGCCUGCUCGUCGAGCAUCCUGCACAUGUGCUUCAUAAGUUUGGGACGCUAUCUGGGCAUAAGGAAUCCAUUGGGAUCGAGGCAUCGAUCAACAAAACGAUUGGCUGGUAUUAAGAUUGCUAUUGUCUGGGUGAUGGCCAUGAUGGUAUCCAGCUCGAUAACAGUGCUGGGUCUGGUCAACGAGAAAAACAUUAUGCCCGAGCCCAAUGUCUGUGUAAUCAACAACCGAGCUUUCUUUGUUUUUGGGUCUCUGGUGGCUUUCUACAUCCCCAUGCUAAUGAUGGUCACCACAUACGCUCUGACCAUUCCCCUCCUCCGGAAGAAGGCCCGUUUUGCCGCCGAGCAUCCGGAAAGUGAACUGUUUCGCAGGCUGGGUGGACGAUUCACCAUUAGGUCGCAGCACAGCCAGCAACAGUUGCAGAUGCACAGCAGCUUUUCCAGUGGCAAUAAACAAUUCCUGUCAAUGGGCGACGGCAAUCGCAACUUUAACCACGCGGGGGGAGGAAUGGAAGAGGGAGCGGUUCUACGGGGGGGUGCUACCAGGGGAAACAGCGUAGAGCCCGCCGAACGUCCUUUGAUGCAGCAGCGAACGACGAGUUGCAGGAGCAUCGGCACGGUCAGUUUCCGCAAUGUGGCCAAUGGCAGUGGGGGAGUCGGAGGAAGUGGGUCCAGGGGUGCCACCACCGCCCGCAGCAGCUUCCGGUUCUCUGGCGGCGGCAUCUUGCGGCACUCGUCGUCACCCGCCUCGAGCUGCCACUCCACUAACAAGUCGCACUCGAGCAGCUUCUGGCGCAAACACGGCGGCAAUCCCAACCUAAUGGACAGUGGUAUAAUGCUAAAACUGGCGCUUCUGGCCCAGAAAACUCCUAACUAA